AUGCAGUGCCUCAGUGUUGGUGAUCUUGAUUCACAUCAGUAUAACCUCUUUGGGGGCAGGAAGGUCAUUCUUGCUGAGAUGCUGAAUGAUGAUGGCAUCCAUCGGCCAAAUGCACGGUUUGCAGAAAGGCUGAAAUUGCUCACUCAUAUAGAACCAAAAUCUUUGUCAGAGGAUGACUCACUGAAGAAGGCACUGCAGUUAGACACAUCACAGGACCACGUUGACUUUCGAGACUUAUGCCAGUUGAUCCAGUUCAUCUUGGCACAGGAAGGACUCUCUUUGGUGGCUUCCAGUGAUGUACUGUAUGACCUGGACUCCACUGAUAUUGGAACAAUUUGCCUGAAUUUAUUAUUUCUUUCUUCCUCAUCACCAUGGGAAAAGAAUUCAGAAGUAUUAAGUGAAUUUAUCAUAUGGACAGAAGAUACCAUUUUUCUUGGAAGACAUGGUAACUUGUUUUUCCAAAUAGCGGAUACAAUAAUCCUUAAGAACCUCCUAGGACUACAAUCAAAUGCUGAUAUAGCUUUAAUCAACGCUUGCUAUGAUUCACGGGUUCCUGAAAUUUCCAUCUUGAUAGCCUGCACUGGGUGUAGCUCCUCCAGGAUGUUUUUUUUGGCAGUGUAUGAUGAAGAUGGUCUGUGGUUCUUGAAAAAUUUUUACCUACCUGCACCUACAGGUAGAACUCUAGAUAUGAUAGUUGUAAAUUCAGCAGUCUCAUCCAUGCUACUGUGGGACAAUGACAAGGUCUAUUAUUCUUACAAAGGAAAUCGAGUUAAUGGGUAUAUUAAAGUAUCUGGCUCAGACAGUCUAUUAUCUGCCGCAUCAGAAGGAACAACUAUUCAACAGAUUAUUAUUGACCAUGGUGAAAACACUAUAAUAAAAAUGAAAAACAAUGUCAUGUACUUCUUUAAAUUUACAAUGAAAGAUGUCAUAAAGCUCCAUGCUUGGGAAAGUGAAAGCAAAAACUGUAUCUUGUACGUGAAUCCACAUGGUGGCUUUUAUUUACUGACUGUCAAUGGUUCAAACAUACAUCGUCAGGUAUAUCCACUGAGAACUGAAGUACUUAGUGCUACACAAACAUCACAAGAAGCCUGUCCAUAUAUAUCAUUUCAACACAGUAUGAAAUCAAAUGUUUAUUAUGUGGACAUGGGAAAUAAUGUGACCUUUUGGACGCAGAUAGUCUUUCUGGAAAACCUGGGAUUAUUUACAGAGGUUACAAUCCACAAAUCAGACUUGCUGAAACAAAAAACAUAUCUUAAUUAUGAAAUAGCCCGUGGAAUUUGUACUAAGAACAAGACAAUAACAUUGUAUCAUGACCAAGAUUACAGUCAAGCAUUCAGUUAUAAAGAUGCAUUGAGCAAGUCAACUGGUAUUAUGACAGUUGAAGUGCAACCUUCUUCAACUGGACGACAAUGUAUUGCUUCCCCCAAGAUAUCUCAUAUUUAUGUUGGCUGCCCUCCAAAAAAACGUGUGCUGGUUUUAAAGCAAGUUGCCCAGAAGCGGACCUUGCUGAAGACGCCCAAGACGUGUCUCUCGCAGAGGGAGCGGCCGUCUUUGCUGGGGCUGGUGCGGCGCUUGGAGGCCGAGACGCGCUCGCUGUUGGACUCGCGCGCCUGCCGCUUCUGCCGGAUCAGCGAGCUGGCGAUAGCCGCCGCCAUGGCCACACCGACUGCGCGGGCGGGCCCCGGUCACAGCAGCAGGCCGCUAGCCGGCGGCGGUGUCGCCCCACCGCGGCUCUCCAUCGGGGCGGGCAGCAGAAGCCCCAGGCCCGGCCUCCCCCCGCCCGCCCCCAGACGCCUCCCGGCCUCCCUGCUUUGCGCCUCUGUCCGACGGGAGGGCUCUGCAGCCAGGCGGGCGGAUUGGGAAAUAAGCUACAAUAAAAAACUAUAUGGUUGCCCAAUAGAAUGGUUUUAUGAAAAACCAUUUCGUCCUACUGUUGCCUUAUAUGAAAACAGGACUUUUGUUCAGUUUGUUGAGUCAGAAUAUGUACUGCUGGAGGUUAAUGGCAGGACUGAUUUUCUCUACAAUGCAACGAUGGCACAGUUUGGAUCCACAGUACAAGUGGAGAAGUGA